UCAGAAGAGUCGUGACUGCCCCGCUGCUCGUUCGGCUGUCAGACGGUCCCGCUUCCCCGGGUUAUAAGUCCAAGCGCGUAGCCUUCGAUACGUUUCUCUCACUGAGAUUGUGUUUGGAGUCGACGUCAAUAACUCAUUUAGUAUAUUUUAUAUUUUGUCAGAAAGAAUGUCGUCCGAAAGCCCCCAAUACGCUCCGUUCUUCGCGGUGAUGGGCGCCUCUGCGGCGAUGGUGUUCAGCGCCAUGGGCGCGGCCUACGGCACCGCCAAGAGUGGAACGGGCAUCGCCGCCAUGUCCGUGAUGCGGCCGGAGCUCAUCAUGAAGUCCAUCAUCCCGGUGGUCAUGGCGGGGAUCAUCGCCAUCUACGGCCUGGUGGUCGCGGUGCUGAUUGCCAACAACAUCUCAGAGAAAGUCACCCUCUACAAGAGUUUCCUCCACCUGGGCGCCGGGCUGAGCGUGGGCCUCAGCGGGCUGGCGGCCGGCUUCGCCAUCGGCAUCGUGGGCGACGCGGGCGUGAGGGGCACGGCCCAGCAGCCCCGGCUUUUUGUGGGCAUGAUCCUCAUCUUGAUUUUCGCAGAAGUCUUGGGUCUCUACGGGCUGAUCGUCGCCCUCAUUCUCUCCACGAAAUAAACACCCAGGCGGCUCUAAUGCGAGAUCUGUCUUUAUGUUGCUGCUGGGGGUAAAAUAAAUGUGUACAAUGUCUGCCCCUCAAGAUGAAAAGAGUGAAGGCGGGGGGGAAAAGGUUUAACAUGGCUCCAUAAAUAUGGUCUUAUCUCAGCAAUGUGUACAGUUGUCCCAAUUUGAUAGUCAACUUGUAAAUGCGCAACGUAGUGAUUUGUCUGUCGUGUGUGUGCGCGUGUUUUAAAAUGGUAUGAUAAAGAUUCCUUUCGUCCCUCCACUUAUUUCCGGGCCUCUGGUCUUAGAGCCGACCAAAGGGCCCACGGCUUUGGCUCCUCCCACGUCGACCUGGGAGUCGACGCCAUUUCUGCAUUAAUCUUGAGGAUCUAUUGUAAAGACAAAUGUAUAUGGACUUAUUACUUUUUUUUCACUGAUUUUUAUUUAUAAGAAAUUGUUCAUUGAACUGUUUUAUUCAUCCAAAAAUCUUAAAAUCCCUAGGAUGCAUAUAAAUAUAUACAAACAUAAAUAUCUCCAUAGAUUCAAUGCACUGGUUAAUUGUGCUAAGUGGUUGGAUUCCUCUGGAUGUAAUUCUUGGUUUAAUAAGGUUAGUUUAGUGUGUCGCUGUAUCCUCAUCAUUACGCAAACAUUCUCCAACUUCAGUGUUUCCUGUAGUUCUGCUGUUGCAUUAAAGGUGUGUGUCCCGUGUUGGGGCUCACACGUGUAAUUUCCAAUUCUCAUCUUCGUCACCCCUCAUCUGUGGCCGUUCGUCAUCUCUUCCACAUUCCAGCCACUAGGGUCCUGCAUGGGUUUCAGUGUUUUGUUGCUGUUGGAUAUCAAGCAGGCUAGUUUCAGGAGACUUGAUCCAGAUCAAAGGUUUAGUGAUGUAUACUUCCUAAUAAUAAAGUGUACAUGACAGCAUA